GAAAGAGCCUGUGAGUUCAGUAAGGGGGAUCAAUAUCCGUGAAGAGUGAUGCAGAUCGAUAAAUUGAAUCCCGAGAAUGUACGCACAAUUAAACCUCGGAGAGCCAAUAAGGGCUUGGCAUAUGACCCUCAUGCAUCGAGCAUCAUCACAGCGAUGCAGAAACAGAAGCCUCUACAAAGAAUAGCUGAGGCAAAAUAUAUGAAGAGUCAAAGUUCUCCACACCCUUCCACUCGUCCCUUUAUCCAAGAAAGAUCUUCCACUCAUAAAGAGGGCCCGCCUGCCAAUUCCAGUCAAUCAGUCAAUGAGAUUAGGAGAAACCUCCAGGACAGCGUCAAACAUCGUAUCCUGUACUUGUCAGAGCAACUGAAGGUAGAGAAAACCAGCCGGGAUGAGAACACAGUGGGUUACCUCAAACUAGUAUCAAAAGCUGACCGGAAUCAGGCCACUCACAUUAGGCAAGCCUUCGAGAAAGUGAACCAACGCUCUUCGGCCACUAUCGCCCACAUAGAACGAAAGCUCCGACAGUAUCACCAACAGCUUCAGGAAAUGGAAGCGGGUCACAGGCCCAAGUCCUUAUUUCUAAAGGACGAGAGGGCCAAUAGAAACCAGGAGUUGCUUGGCAGGGGCUUUUUGAUGGAGCACGAAAGGUUCAGAGCAGAUGAAUUCCACCCUACAAAUCUAUUGUAUACCCUAGAGGAAGAUAUGCUAGCUGCUGCCUUCCUACCAGAAAAGUCCUUCAAGAGAGAGAACCUGAUCGGGAACCCAAGCCAGAUUGUCCUAAAGAUCAAGGAACAGCUGGAUGAUAUUAAAAAAUCCCAUAGCAGAAUUGAGCUAUCCUAUCAAGCCUUGAAAGAGAAGUACAUGUCUGAUCUGAAGCUGAUUGUCAAGUCUCUUCAGGAAGAGAAAUAUAGGCAAAAAGCGAUCGAAGAACAGGUCAAUGAUCACAUGCAGGGGCACCUGGGUGAGAUCUCUCAUAUCAAGCAGAACUUGGCUUGCACUGAAGAGAAGAUGGUCUAUCUGUCCUAUGAGAGAGCCAAGGAGAUAUGGGAGGUGAUGGAAACCUUCCAGAAUCGGAUUUCCAAGCUGGAGAUCCAGCAGCAAGCAGUCCAACUACAAAUAAUAGAGAAGUCCAGAAGACACCCACACAUCUUCCUAGCCAAAUUCAUGAACUUGCUCCUCACACUGACCACCAUCGUUCUCGUCUGUGUGUCCACCGUCUGUACGUGCUCCUUGCCUUUCCUAAAGUGCCGUCUCCGUACCUGCACAGUCCUCCUGCUCAUCGGACUGGGGAUGGCCACCUGGAAGAAGUGUUAUUCUGUCUCCUACGUAUAUUGGCGUGAAUGGCUCUUAUCAAGAUGGAAGUUGUAUUACAGAGACGCAUGGCCUCUGCCGAGGAGGGCUUAAA